AUGUCCAAUUCAGCAUUGCAGGUAUACGGUGGCGAUGAAAUAACAGCGGUAGUUAUUGAUCCUGGCUCCUUUACGACCAAUAUUGGUUAUUCGGGUACGGAUUGCCCGCAAGCUAUACUGCCCUCGUGCUAUGGCAAGUACACAGAGGGAGAGAAAGACGAGCUAUUCAGUGAACAAUCGAUUGGGCUCCCACGGAAGGACUACGAAAUCCACAACAUAGUGCAGAAUGGAGAGGUUGUAGAUUGGGAAAAGGCGGAAAAACAGUGGGACUGGGCCAUUCGUUCUGAGCUGCGGUUUGAAACGAACAGUGGCAUGCCCGCGCUGUUAACGGAGCCCAUCUGGAACUCUGAAGAGAAUCGCAAGAAAUCGCUGGAAGUUCUGCUAGAGAGCAUGGACUUCUCCGCGUGCUAUUUGGUUCCUACGGCAACGGCUGUGUCCUUCGCGAUGGGACGUCCGACGUGUCUGGUGGUAGACAUUGGACACGAUGUCACAUCUGUAUGCCCAGUGGUGGAUGGGAUGACUCUUUCAAAGAGCUCUAUGCGGAGCUAUAUAGCUGGGAGUCUACUGAAUGAGUUGAUACGGAGUCAACUGGCGCCCCGGAAAGUGAUCCCAUUGUUUCAGGUGGCUCAAAGGCGCCCAGUGUUCAUGGAACGGAAAUUCGACUAUGAAAUCCAUCCAUCGUUGCAAAAAUUUGUAAAUGAACGCCAGUUCUUCCAGGAGUUCAAGGAAACUAUGUUACAAGUUGCACCCACAAGUAUUUCGAAGUUCAAAUCUGAGAUCGAAACCACCAGCAAGCGGUCCAUUGAGGCACCAUGGGGUGAAGAACUAGUAUAUGACAGCCUACAAAGGCUGGAGUUUGCAGAACAGCUUUUCACUCCCGAUCUAUCCCAGUUUCCUGAAGAUUGGCCUAUAUCAAAGGAUGGUGUUGUUGAAACAUGGCAUAACGAUUAUGUGCCCCUCAAGAGAAACAAACCAGGUACCAAUGUAAAGGACAAAGAAGGCACCUUGGAUGCUACACCGGUGCCGGACGAGAAUAGCGUCACUUCUGCGGAUCAGCCUAACGAUAAUGGCAAGCGGAAUUUGGAGGAGACUACUCCCGAUCAGAAAAAUGAAGUCUCCGGGUUGGCUGAUUUGAUCUACUCCUCGAUAAUGUCGACAGAUGUUGACCUGCGUACUACACUCUCCCAUAACGUCGUGAUUACUGGAGGAACUUCUUCACUCCCUGGAUUGAUGGAUAGGAUAUCAGCUGAGUUGAAUAGAUCACUACCGGCAUUAAAGUUCCGGAUGCUAACUUCCGGUCAGCUCAGAGAAAGGCAAUAUCAAGGGUGGCUAGGAGGAAGUAUUCUGGCUAGCCUGGGCACUUUCCAUCAGCUUUGGGUAGGCAAACAAGAAUAUGCUGAAGUAGGGGCUGACAGGCUACUAAAAGAUAGAUUCAGGUAA